CUUAUCAUUGGAGUGAACACUAGGUGUGGGAGCAGGUAGAUUGAUAGCAGGAUGAGGGGAGAAAUCUACACAGGAUUGUUAGUGUUACUGCAACUUUCACUAGUAUGGGGUGGCAUCAUGGUAGAGAAGACAGUGAAGAAGCUGAAGACCUCAUCAGGGCGGCCCUGGGAGGACGAGUUCCGCCUUCCCAACUCCACUCAUCCAGACCACUAUGACCUAUAUCUCCAUCCUGACCUGGACGCCAAGACCUUUUCCGGGCGCGUAACAAUCCACGUAACCACUUCGGAGACACGUGACCACUUCCUGGUUCACACUAAGUGGCUCAACAUCUCCCAAACCAAGGUGGUGAAGGUAGUGGAAGGAGAGACGACAGAGGAUGUGAAUAUUGUUGAUGCCUUUGAGUAUGAGCCCAACGAGUUUUGGGUGAUCAGAACAAGUGCGGUGGAAGCUGGGUCCUUCCAGAUCUCAAUGUCUUUCUCGGGUUCCUUAAAGACAGGCAUUGUUGGCUUCUACUAUUCUGAUUACGUGGAUGAAGAAGGAGUUCAGAGAGGCCUAGCAACAACAAAGUUUGAGCCAACAUAUGCUCGCCGUGCCUUCCCAUGCUUUGAUGAGCCAACCUUCAAGUCCACUUACACAAUCACUAUAGUGAGACCCUCAGAGCGAUAUAUUGCUCUUUCAAACAUGCCUGUUAAGAAUGAAGUGGCGGGACAACCUUCUGAAUCCUUGACAGAAGUUACAUUUGAUAAAUCUGUUCCGAUGGUUACGUACCUCGUUUGUUUCAUUGUGUGUGACUUCACCUAUAAAGAGACAAUCUUGUCAAGUGGGAUGCCCUUCCGUGUGUAUGCUCCAAAAGGCAGAAUAGAAAACAGUCAAUAUGCUCUUGACAUCGGAGCCAAAAUUUUACAGAUGUAUGAAGGCAUGUUCGAUCUGCUCUUUCCUCUUCCCAAAAGUGAUAUGGCAGCCAUUCCUGAUUAUUCCUCAGGUGCCACAGAGCACUGGGGUAUCAUUACAUUUAGGGAAACAAGCAUUUUUUAUAACCAGAACCAGAGUUCAGCCGUUAACAAACAGAGAGUGGCUUCAGUGGUUGCCUCAUCCAGAAUGGGAAAUGGAAUCUCAGUUUCCAAUAACCAAUCUCCAAUCGGUUUUCGUCGAUGAUUCCAAGCUGAGUUCCCACCCCAUAGUACAAACUGUUGAAAAUCCUGAUGAGAUAAAUGCCAUGUUUGAUACUAUUUCGUAUGACAAGGGAUCAUCUGUGUUAAGGAUGCUGGAGGACUUCAUGGGAGAUGCCUUCCAAGCAGGAAUUAAUGCCUUCCUCAAGAAAUAUGCCUAUGCAAAUGCUGUUACAAAAGAUCUUUGGGCUGAACUUACCUUAUCCUGGGAGGGAAAUCAUCCUGAGGAAGAGAAGAACGCUUCCUGCAAGACCCAACAGCUGAAUAUGAUCCAUCUGAGUCAGAGUUUGGAUACAAAUGGGAUAUCCCUAUUGGAUACAUUACUUCUCACACUUCUCUUAACAAGACUUGGCACUAUGUGGAGCAGGAGUUAGUGCAGAUUAAGGUAGACCCAGAAGUGAGCUGGAUCAAACUGAAUGUGAACCAGAAGGGCUACUACAGAGUCAAUUAUGAACCAGCCAUGUGGGACCAACUUGCAGACCUCUGUGCUGAGCAAGUACUACACCCACCAGACCGUGCUAGUCUCUACAAUGAUGCCUUAGCUCUUGCCGAUGCUGAACUGCUGGAUUACCCUGUGGCCUUAAACCUCACGCGCUCAUUGGCUUUUGAAACAGACUAUGUGCCUUGGAUUGCUGCUGCCGGUCAUCUAAUUGACAUGGAGAAACUGCUGCUUGAAACAAUUGUCUACCAGCCAUUUAGUGACUAUGUUUUAACUUUGGUGGAACCAAUCUAUAGUUCUCUUGGAUGGACGGAUACAGGAGACCACCUUCAAAAGUUGUUGCGCACAGAUGUGGUCACUGUUGCCUGCGCAAGUGGAAGCAAAAGCUGCCUGCAAGAAGCAGCAACAGAACUGGGAUCCUGGAUCAGUGACAGCACUUACCCUUUGCCAGUUGGGACCAAGAGACAGGUAUACCGGUGGGGUGUGGUGCAAGGAGGAACCCAGGAGAUGUGGGAGACGAUGUGGCAGCGAGCUCUGACGGAGAUGAGCGCAACAGAAACAGAUAACUUGUAUUAUGGAAUGGCCAAUUUCCAGGAUACAGGUGUUUUAGAGAGGUACAUUGAGUUGUCUCAGGAUGAAAAUAAUGUGAGAAGUCAGAAUUUCCUGCAUAUUCUGCAAUACAUUGCUUCGAACACUGCAGGCUCUGACCUGACAUGGAAUUGGGUCAGGUCCAACUGGGAAUGGCUGGUUGAUCGGUAUACCCUAAAUGACAGGUACCUGGGUCAGCUGAUCCCAAAUAUAAGUAAAUAUUUUUCAACACCACGGAAGCUCUCAGAGAUGGAAGAGUUCUUUGCCAAGUAUCCAGAAGCAGGUGCUGGUGAGCUCAACCGCCAGCAGGCUCUUGAGACAGUGCGUUCUAAUAUCCGUUGGGUGGAAGCCUAUUCGAGCACCAUCCUGGACUGGCUAAACUCACAGAAACAGUGAUGAUUUUGAAGAUCAUGAGCUCUUUCAUACAAUCACUUAUCUUCAUGCUUUCAAAACAAGAUUGUCUCACAAAUCAAUUACUGUUUCCAAGAUUUUGGCUUUUCAGAGUUUAGUCACAUGAAAGAACUUAUUUAACUGUAUAUCCAUAUAGCCUUUCAUCCUUUCUUUAACCUACUUGCUCAGUGUCUGCAAUGAUAAGAGCAAAGUGUGCUGUUAAUUGUCAAAGGUUGUGUUCAUGCUGAAACCAGCUGAUUUUAAUAAUUUCUCGGCAGGGUUUUUAUGCCUAGGUUUCAGCUAGAAGUAAAUUAGUCAUAACAUUUGCAUCUGUCCAGAAAGUUCAAAUUGCAUUUGUAUCAGCUAUUUUUAUAAAAUAUACAUAAUUUGAUAUAUGACCUAAAGGGAUUAUUUGCUAGAGGAUGAGAAUUAGUAAAGAAAUUGGAUAUGUUAGUUUAGGGAAGAGAGUGAAAUACUGCAUAUACCUAUUUUAUUAUAUUUUACAUAAGUGUCCCUCUAUUGAAAUAUAAGAGCUUGAUGAUAUACAUUUAAUGUUUUUUACUGCAAACUUUCAAAUAAAAAUGUAACUUUUUCAUUAAAAUAUUUAAAAGUGGGAAAAGUAGAGAAUUUCCCAGUUUUUAUGCUUCA